CGAGCGCUUCCCCCAGGCCGGGGCGCGCGGCCGCAGUCGGCGGGAGGACCGGCCAGCGCAGGGCAGGUGCGCUCGGGGACUGAACCACCCGAGCCUGCCGGGAAGCGGAGCGGAUCAGCACUCGGCGGGCAGAAUCCUGGGGAUUCUAGAGGGCAGGGCCAGCUUCUUUCCCUGAAAGAGAGGCAGAGGCUCCCUCCUGGAUCUGAAUCUAGCCCUUGCCAGCUCUGAGACUGUGGGGUGGGUGCACAUCAUGUCCAGUUUUGAAGAUGCUGACACAGAAGAGACAGUGACCUGUCUCCAGAUGACUGUUUACCAUCCCAGCCACUUGCAACGUGGAAUAUUUCAAUCCAUAAAGUUUUACAAGAGAGAGAAACUCCCCUCCAUUGAAGUGGUGAAUUUUGGACGGAAUUCCAGCAUCUGUCGUUAUACUUUCCUAGACAAACAGGUUUCACGAGUCCAGUUUUCUUUGCAGUCCUUUAAACAGUUCAACAGCUCAGUUCUCUCUUUUGAAAUUAAAAAUAUGAGUAAGAAGACCAGUUUGAUUGUGGACAAUCAGGAGCUGGGCUACCUCAAUAAAAUAGACCUGCCCUAUAAGUGCAUGGUCAAAUUCGGUGAGUAUCAGCUCCUGCUGGAGAAGGAAGAUGGAGAGUCAGUGGAAUCAUUUGAGACUCAGUUUAUUCUGUCUCCAAGACCACUCUUGCAGGAAAAUAACUGGCCGGCACAGAAGCCCACACCCGAGGAUGGCAGUUGCUCAUCCUAUUUCACCCAUGUCACUUCUCCUACAGAAAUGGAUGAAAAUGAAUUGUGAACACAGACAUCUUAGUGGACAAAUGUGAAGGAUGACAUGUCUGCACAUACUUCAGAGACAUUCUACUCAAGUAGGCAUUUAUUAGUGUCCUAUUUUAUAGACAUCUGCUAUGUUGUUUGGAUUUAGUAAUAUCAUUUCUAAGUCUAUAAAGUGCAUUAGUCAUCAAUAUAGUCAGUUGUUUGCUCUCCUGGUUCUACAAAGAAUGAAAUGUAUAUCUGUGUAAGAAAUACCUUUUGUGAUAUGAAGUUAUGCUAUUUUUCUUUUCCUGCUUACUGUUAGACCCGUGCUUUGUUUUUGUAGGGACCAUCUCUUGUGUGGUCACAUCAUUUUGUAAUAGUCACUGGUUUUCAAGGUCUAGGCUCCAGACCAUGUUAGCUGGUGCCUGCAGCAAGUUAAUGCUUGCAGAGACUUGAAAUGCAUUGCAGAGUCUGUGUGCUUUUGUAGUUGUAAUAUGAAAAAGACUUGAGAAACAGUACUUUGACUUUUUUCUAGGAAAUCAUAGUUUUAUUUUUAGGAUGAUAGUUUUUCCUUUCCUAUAUUCAGGACCUCAAGUUAGUAUGUAAACAUUUAAAGAACCAUUGUGUCUAAUGCUAUUUUCUUGCCAAACAUGAAAUGAUUUUUGCAUACUUCACCAAA